AUGUCAGUAGAAAGACUCUGGAACAUCACCUGGAACAGUAUCUGUACAACAGCAAAAAGGCACGUUAAGAAAGCCAACCCCAAAAAGAUCUCCACACACAGGAAAAAAAACCAUUCACAACUACACAACCCCAACCGAAACAUUGGCUCAGUCUACAACCUUGGGAAACUCGUACAUUUAGCCAAUACAUACAUCAAAAGAAAGAGAAAGUCAAAUACAAUGGUUAAAAAAAUCAACAAAAUAACAAAAUCCCUACAAAAACAAAACAUACCCAUAACAAACUUCCCCUUCCAGGAAAGCGCCAACCCAAAAACAAAAUGGCUGGAAGAAGUAAAAGACCUCUGGCAAGCAAUGAAAAAGACAACCAAUCACGAACUACAAAGUAACAUCAAUGCCCAAAUCAAAGAAGCCACCCAAAAAAGAAUGGAGCAAUAUUCGAAAUCCAAAAAGAAGAUGAUUAACAGCAUACUAUUGCGAGAGCACAAAACAAUCGAAAUGAACACAAUUGUCACCAAAGAUCCAGAAAUAACCAUCAUCACAGAACCAAAAGAAAUCAAAGAACUGGCAAAAAAGCAUUUCAGUCAUCAACCA